AUGAAGCUGGUACGAUUUCUCGUGAAGCUGCGGAGCGAAACCGUGACGGUUGAAUUGAAGAAUGGCACCGUCGCGCACGGCACAGUUGUGGGUGUGGAUCAUAGCAUGAACAUUCAUCUCAAGGGUGUCAAGCUCGAACUACGCGGUCGCAACCCCACCAAGUUACAAGCUCUCUCAAUCCGUGGCUCGACUGUGCGGUAUGUAUUGCUUCCCGAUUCCCUAGCCCUUGAUUCGCUACUAGUCGACGAUGGACUGCGACCACGACGAACGACAAAUCCAGAUCGCGCACCGGGUGUGGCUUCCGGCAGGAUUGGAAGAGGGAGAGGCAGGGGGCGAGGACGAGGAGGCGGUCGUGGACGAGGAAGGCGCUAG